CGAGGAUAUUAGAAGUUUGGAUAGUAGAUGUCAGUCUUUCCUUCUUUUCUUCAAUAUUAUAUUAUUAUUAUUAUUAUUAUUAUUUUGUUUCUGAGAUGACUCUUACCGAAGAAGACAACUCAUCCAUUUAUUUCUCUUGUGAUGAAGAAGAAGAAGGUGUAAGUAAUAGUGAAUACUCAGACGAUGGAAAUACUUUCAAAAUAGUACUUGUAAAUAUCAAAGAAACAUUUGACCAAUUACAUGUUCAUUGCGAAGAAUUUGAGUUCUUGGAGUCUGGUCCAGAAGUGGAAUACAUCACCUUGUCCUAUCGAUGGGGAGAGCUGAAUGAACAGAGGGUAGCAGCCACAGAGGAUUAUAAUGCCCACAUCACGUCCUUUUUAUUGAAAGAUUUUUAUCGAUUAUGCCUACGGAUGAUGACUGAACCUGAUCUAGAAAAUAUCAAUUAUGUAUGGGUGGAUGCUAUCUGUGUAGAUCAAGCAAAUGAACAACACAAAAAGGCUACUAUUUAUCGAAUGAGUGACAUUUAUGAACAUGCGACGUACAUUGUUGCUGUGCCUGAUUUACAUAAAGAAUCAUUGUUAGAUACUAGUAAAACACAUCGUGUCAUGUCAAAAAAGAUCAUCAAGUACAGAUGGUACCUUUAUCAUUUUAUCUCUGAAAACUAUCAGGAAUUGGACCAACUUUUGAAUACCCUUGAGAUUCCAUCAGAUUAUAAUUUACAACGAUUCAUUGGGAAAGAUCCGAGUAUCUGGGAUGUUGGCGAUUCAGAAGAUGAAGAGGAAGAAGAAGAAGAAAUUAAAUGGGAAGCAUCAUUGACUGAAAAAAAGUUGCAAAACAAGGAUAUGCAAAACUGUCUAGCUAAGUAUCAGCGCCAUAUACGGAAACGAUUCAUGGAGAAAAAAAUCAAAGGUAUUUUAGCUUCUCUUUAUCAUAUUCGAGAUAUGUUUCUGGAUUGGGCAAAUCGAGCGUGGGUCAUCAGUGAAUAUCACAUUGCCAAAAGACGGAAAGACGGC